AUGCUACUAAGAUUGUAUCAAAACCAAAAAUCUCAUCAUCAUCAUCAUGAUCAUGUAAAUAAAACCUCUUCAUCUUCUUCAUCUACUACUACUACUACUUUGGGGAAACAAUCAACAACAUUAGAAACUAAAUCAAAGACAGGCAAGCUCACAACACCAGAAGAAGAUUUGUAUAGUAUCCAAUCAGAAUCAUCUGGAAAUGGAUCUUAUGUUUCUCAUAUUGAACAUUUGGCUGGUCCUAUCUUGUUUUCUGCACCUCAUGGCUUGCAGGUUUAUAGAGGAGGAGAGGAAUCACAAGAUUCCGAACGAGUUCAUUCCAAGGAAUUGUACACGAAUGAGAUUUGUCUCCUUCUCUCAUUAAAGAUUAAAAAGUAUUUGGGAAUUGAGGCAAGUUUUGUGAUUUGGAAUCCAAAGACAGCAAAACCAAAGGAUAAAAGUAAUUUGGAUCCAAACUAUCUGGUUGCUUCACAAUUUAUGAGCUCACCAUUCCAUCGUUUCCUUCAUAAACUCAAGAAACAGUACGAUGGAUUUCCAACUCUUCAUGUUGAUAUUCAUGGUAAAAUCAAUAGAAAGGCCGAUAGAAAUAUUGAUAUUGGAAUAGCUCCAAUGAUGGCUUUGUGGAAGGAUCAAAAACUUGCUGAAAAGGUAAAGAAGGAUUUUUGUGAUCGAAUGCAAAAGGCAGUUAGCACUUGUAAAAAGAAAUAUUCUGGAUUCAAGUUGACCAUUGAUAGAGAUCCUUAUCUUAGUGGUUAUUGGGGAGAUAAUACUGUAACAACAAUUAGUCAUCAAUCUAUCUUAUUGGGAAUGCCAGGUUUGCAACUUGAAAUACCAAUGGAUGUAAGGAAAGAUCUCAUGACCAAUGAUGAUUUGGUGGAGCAGCUUGCCAAAGCAAUUGCCGAAAGCUACAAGACCUCUGUUACCUCAAUAUUUUCAAAGGAAUGGAAAGAAGUGGAAGCAAAGCUUGAUGCUGUCAAGACUGAACUGUUAUCUCAUGAACAAACGAAACAUAAUUCCAAAACAUUUGAUUCAAUGAUUUCUCAAAUGAUAUCCGAAUUUGAGAUUAUUGAAACAUCUCAAAAAGGUAAAAAGAUUUGA